AUGACAGACUUUUUUUUACACACAAGAAAUAAUCCUGGACAAUCAGGAGUGAAGGAGCUCAUUGAUUUACUACAGGAUGAACACUGUUCAUUAAAGACCAUCAGUUUUUUGAAAAGUCCUGCUGCCCAGGAAGCAUGUGAUCAUCUCACUGAAGUUCUGGGUAAAAGUCCAUUAUUAUUGAAAAAACUGGAUCUGAGUGAAAAUAAAUUAAGAAACCUGUAUUGGGAGAAGCUCUCUGCUCUUUUGAUGGACUCUCAUAGCAAAAUGGAGAAAAUUAUACUGAAUAAUUGUAAGCUGAAAGAGAAAAGCUGUUCAGUUCUAGCUACUGUUCUCUCCUCCAAAACCAUCCUGAAAGAGGUGAACCUGAACAACAGCCGUCUGCUGGACUCAGGAGUCAAAGAGAUCUGUGAGGGACUGAAGAAUCCUGUGUGUGAGCUGAAGAUACUCAA